AGCGCCAAUUUGUAGGAACUUGGCAUUUUAGUUUGAAAUUUGCGACGGUUUGCUGAAAACCAAAUUCGCGAUCGCAGCGAAUACGAUUUUCUAUUCAAAUAAUUUUGAAAUAAUCAAUAAACGUUCAUACUCCAGUUGCUGAAGAGCUAUUUAAAUUUUCUUGAUCUGCUUUUAAGCCAUAAAAGUGCAAAUCCAAAUCGAUCUAAAAAAUCGAAAAGUAUUUUUGUGAAAUUUACAUAACCAUCGUGCACAUUUGGUGAAGUUCAAGCGAUCGAUAUGGGUAUUCCAGACAUCCGACAGCUUGUGACGCUGGACUUUGAGGUCUACGGGCAUGUUCAAGGCCUGAAUCUCACGAAAGAUACCCGCGACCGGUGCACCAAGGCAGGAAUCACGGGCUGGGUGAAAAACAGCAAGGCGGGCACCAUUGUGGGCAAGAUGCAGGGUCCCAAGGAGGAGGUCGAAAAGAUGGUGACCUGGCUGUCCAGCGAGGGAUCUCCUGGCUGCCAAAUUGAUCGUUGCGAGUUGCGAAACCAGGGAAACCUCAGCCGACUGGACUACAAGGACUUUGCCAUUAGAUUUUAGAUGUGUUUUCAUCAUUUUGUCGCUUUAUGAUGUGACGACUGAUGUAGUUUUGUGUUUGUUUUGUGCACUACUUCUAUAAGUUUGUAAAUACAAGUAAAAUAAAGAUCUUAAUAAUAUAAA